AUGCUUUCUGGAGUAAUUAAUUUACAAAGAAUAUUACAACCAACAACCGGUGAAGCUGGAAAUGUUGUAGUACCUGAAUUACAUAAUUUACUUAAACUUGAUCCACAUCUUGAAGGAUAUCAAGAUGAAAUACGACGACGUUAUUAUGAAUUUCAAAAAAUUCUUAAAAACCUAGAAAUUGAAGAACAAGGUAUCGAUAAUUUUACAUCGGCUUAUAAACAUUUCGGUAUUCAUGUUAAUCAUCAAACAAAUGAAAUAAAUAUUAAAGAAUGGGCACCGGGAGCAAAAGCUAUGUAUAUUCGUGGAGAUUUUAAUAAUUGGCAAGAAAAACAAUAUCCAUUUACACGUGAUCAAUGGGGUGUAUGGCGUGUUACUAUUCCAGCAUUGUCCGAUGGAUCUAUAGCAAUUAAACAUGGACAAGCAAUAAAAGUAAGAUGUCGCUAAUGUAAAAGUCGAGCAAAACUUAGGUUUCAUUGAAAUAUGUAUAUGAAUGGAUAGAAUUCACGAUGCUGAUUACGAGUAUAUAAGUUCUCAUUUGUUUUUGGUCACGUUAUAGACAAGAAAUUAAAAGCAAAAAUAUAAUAAGCAAAAUUUGGUUGCCAUGGUUCGAUUUACAUAGUUUUAUAUGCUUUAGCAUUAUUGAGAAAAUCCAUGUUUUUCACAACAAUGGCUAUGAAUACGAUCAUAUUUGGGGAUUUUCACUGCAAAUAGUUUAUUGAUAUUUGGAAUCAGUGCAAGGAUGCGUAACUGUUUUUUUCUUUUCUUUUGACCUAAUGGUUCAAAUUCUAACGGGUGGAUCGAAAGUUUUCGCACAAAAUGUUUGUUUAUAUCUGACCCACUUGAAAAUAUUUCAGACGAGUCGAAAACUAUGGAUUAGAACCAGAAUUUUGUGUUCUUUCUGAA